ACUUUCGUGACAGCAUCACUCGCAGAUAACGCAUAUCCGUAUUUUGAACCGGUAACAAACCUGUUAGACAAGAAGAGUCUCCAGAGAGUUUAUUAAAAGAUAUUUUAUGACGAAGAACUGCUUUUAAGUGAGUCAUGGCGUGUAGCAGGCUCAUGUCCGCUCCGGUGUGUCUCAUUGAAAAUGAUGAAAAUGGGCAGCUGCGUGUGAGAAAAGAGGCCAAAGACAUUCUGGAUGGGAUCAGUGAGCCGGUGGUGGUGGUGUCUGUGGUGGGACUCUAUCGUACGGGGAAGUCUUACCUUAUGAACCGCCUGGCAGGACAACAGUCAGGUUUUGCUCUCGGCAGCACUAUUGAAUCAAAGACUAAAGGCAUCUGGAUGUGGUGUGUCCCUCACCCUAAUAAAAAAGGACACACUCUGGUGCUUCUGGACACAGAGGGACUUGGUGAUGUAAAGAAGGGGGAUGAGAAACACGACACAUGGAUCUUCUGCCUGGCUGUUCUUCUCAGCAGCACUCUAGUGUACAACAGCUUAGGAGUCAUUGACAACACGGCCCUGGAAAAGCUGCACUAUGUUACAGCGCUGACGGAGAACAUUCGUGUGAAGGCAGAAGUGGGUCAACAUGAGGACGAGUCGGCAGAUUUCAUGCGUGUAUUUCCAUCAUUUGUCUGGGCUGUUCGGGACUUCACUCUGCAACUGAAAAAAGAGGAUAAACCAAUAACAUCCGAUGACUAUCUAGAGGGUGCAUUGGAAUUAAAACGAGGUAGUUCACCUCAGACUGAGACAUAUAACCUGCCACGCAGCUGUCUGCGGAAUUUCUUUGCAGUGAGGAAGUGCUUUGUCUUCCCUCGGCCUGCUAGUACGGAAAACAUGUGGAGAAUGGAGGAGCUGACUGAAAAAGAACUGGACUCAAAGUUCCUUGAGCAGGCAAACACCUUCUGCUGUUACAUCUACAAAAAUUCAGAGACAAAAACUGUCACUGGUGGCCGUACAAUUACUGGAACAGCUCUGGGUAAUCUCGCUGAGGUUUACGUAGAGGCGAUUCGCAGCGGGAAUGUUCCGUGUCUGGAGAACGCAGUGGUGUCUCUGGCUAAGAUCCAGAACGUCCGUGCAGCGGAUGAGGCCCUGCAGUGCUACAUGACAGAGUUGUUCAACUUGGUUCAGCUUCCAAUGAACCCAGAAGAGCUGUCCAACAUCCACACAGUCACAGAGAAGAAGGCCAUUGACGUUUUCAUCACCGUGUCCUUCAAUGACAAUGACCAGAUCUACCAACAAGAGCUCAUGGGGAAGAUUUAUGAUGAAUAUCAACAGAUGUGCCAGCAGAAUUAUGAUGCAUCUCGCAUGCAGUGUGAGAAAGUUCUACAUGAUGUGUUUGAUACAUUGGAAAAAGGUAUUUCUGACGGAUCAUACCUGAAACCUGGAGGAUCCCAAAAGUACACAGACACGCUCAGACAGCUGUCAGAAGAGUACAGAGCAAAAACACACUCGCAAAUAAUGAGUGAAGAAGUGUUGAGCAAGUUUUUGAAAACAAAGGAAAAUAUUGGAAAUAUGAUUCUACAAGCUGACCAAUCUCUCAGUGCAGCAGAACAGGAGAAAGAGGUGGAGAAGAUGAAGACAGAGAUUCUAAAGCAGCAGAAAAGAAGCCUAAAGGAACAGAACCGGUUACAGGAGCAGACGUUUAAAGACAUGCAGAGAACCUAUGAUGAGCAUGUGAAUCAGAUCAUUCAUCAGAUGGAGAGAGAGCAGGACAGAAUGAGAAGAGACAAUGAUCGAGUCCUGGAUGCAAAACUGAGAGAAAAUCAAGCUCUUGUACAGCUGGGCUUCCAAUGGGAGGCUGCCCGGAUGCAGAGUGAGAUUGACAGCCUGAAAGCAGACAUGAAUAAAGAGAACUCAUCACAACGCUCCAAACUGAGACAGGUUUUGAAUAGUAUCGGCAUUGCAACAACUAUGCUCGCUCCAGGCUUUACCCCUAAACUGAUUGGUGUUGGUAUUUCCAUGGCAUCAAAUUUUGUUUGAAUACAAGCGUAUUCACACACACCUAAACUAGGGGUGUGCGAUAUAUAUCGUCUGCGAUAAUAUCGCAGUUGUUAUUUAAAUGAUGUUCGAUUUGACAUUAUCGAGUAUUUUGUGCCCGCAUUCAUUACGUGAAGUCUAGACUAGUGCGCGUGCGUAGAUGGUGUUCUUUCACUGCACUACAUUUAGAAUGAACACAAAAUUAAAGACAUGGGGGCAGAAAAUGUAUAUAGGCUAUUUUGUAUCACUUCAUAUAGCCUAGUUAAUCAAUUUCACACUAAGAAUAACAAAAAAUAACGCUCCAAAAAUGACCAUGAUUACAAAUGUGAUAUUGAUUUUUUUACAACAGUUCAAUAAACAUGUGGUUAAUUAAGAGACUUAUGUUUUAGACACCAUAUUUCCUGUUUUUGCUUUAUUUCGAAUAUCACUCCAAACACAGCCACAGCACUGUUUUGUGUCUCUGAGCAACAUGAGGGCAUUUCGUUCCUGCAUGAACCGGCCGUUUGAAUGAUUCGAUUCAAUUGCAGUGACUCACUUAUUAACAGUGACUUGCUGGCGAUUUUAAUUUCACAUUCAAAGUAUCUUUUAUUAUUUAAAUAAUUUCAAAUAUUUAACGUUUUGUGUUUAAUGUAUCAAAACAUGAUUUAUGCAUUUGUAAUUGCAGGUUAAAUGCAUUCAUGUCUUGCAUUAAACAGUGUGUAAAUGCAUCUAAAUGCCAAUUCAGAUGCAGCUUCUGUGUUUUCUCUGCAUUAAAAAUCAGUUUAAACUUAUUGGAAAAGAUUAAUUUCUAUCAGUGUGAACUGACCACCACACAGAAUAUGAAGAAUAUCAAAAACUUUAGGAGUCAGCUGUCCACGACAGUCCUUAAGGUACCAGCAUCAAUAAAAUAUUGUCUAAUUAUCGUUAAAAUCCCAGAAAAUAUUAUUUUUUGGCAAUAUCUCACACCCCUGAUAUACUGUAUAUAUAGUUUCUGUUCUCAUAUUAUAUGCCAUAUUAACUGACUAGUGAGCACCAUUUAUGAACUGCGGUUAUCAGAGUGACUGCCUUCCAUGUAGUGUUAAAAUGAUUUACAAAAUCAGUGAAUCCUGAUGUAAAUCUUCCUGGCAACCUUCUAGUUAUUAGGCCAUAAUAUGUGGCCAAAUUACGGCCGAUAUCUAUGACACAUUUUGAAACCGAUUUGACAUUAAACAAUAGUGUGGUACUUUGUGUUUAAAGAUUUAGUUAACAGAUCAAAUGUUCUUAAACUGAGUUAGUGUAUUCACUUUUUGUUUGCUUGUAAUUAGAUGGAAAAAACUAUGCCGUUUAUUUUUGACAUCCUUGUAGGCUAAAUGUGGUGACUGCAGUUUUCUGUGAAAUAUAAUAAACAUUUCUUUUGAUUGUGUAUAUAUGACAAUGUGUCCUUAGCAUUGAGUAUACAUUUAUAUAGCAAACAAUAAACCUCUGAAGAAG